AUGACUACGACCACCACCACCACCAAUACCGAUCCGCAGCAACAACAAGAUACUCGAUCUUCUCAAUGCUUUUCAAUUACAUCAAGAUGCGAAAGCAAUCAUAGUGAUGAUACCGCUUGCAAUGAUGUAGAUGUUGAUCAAGAAGAAAAGCAAGGCACACAUGAUGAAAAAAUUCAAUCCUACGCUGAACAAGAUCAACCACCACCUGAUGGUGGUUAUGGAUGGCUUGUUGUACUUGGAUCAUUUCUCUCUCUUUUUACCGUCUUUGGCACCAUCUUUAGCUGGGGUGUCAUGCAAGAUUACUAUGAACAAAACAUCUUUGGUGCCUCAUCCACGGUGCAACUUAGUUUUGUCAGCACUCUAAUUCUAGUGUUUACUUUUGGUGGAAGCUUAUUCAGUCGUAUCUUUGAACUUGUUCUUGGCACACGUUUUGCAUUGCUGCUUGCUACUGUGCUUUACACCGCUGGAAUGGAAGCUGCUGGUUCAGCCUCAGAGAUCUGGCAUCUUUAUCUCGCACUUGGCGUAUGCACAGGCAUGGGCAAUGCCAUUAUCUAUGCGAUCGCGAUGCGUGUUACACCUCAAUGGUUCCGUAAGCGGAGAAGCACUGCCAUGGCAAUGAUUGCCAGCUCGACCGGUAUCGGUGGUCUCGUUAUCCCAUUUAUCAUGACCGGUGUCAAUCAAAAGCUGGGUGCUUCAUGGACGUUUCGUAUCAUGGGAUUGAUCUUUUUGGUAUUCAAUUUGAGUGCCUGCUUGCUAGUGAGAGAAAGAACACAAAUCAAAUCAAAGUUGACCGGCAUGGGCGACUUUUUUCAACCGGCUCUCUACAAAGACGGCACCUUUUCUUUAUGGGCGGCAGCGGCAUUGUUCCAAAUCCUUUAUUUAUUCAUCCCUCUUUUCUUUGUUCCUUCAUACGCCACCCAUAUUGGCCUGAACGCUUCUCAAGGAACAGCGUUACUCGCUGUACUCUCCUCUGCCAACUUUGUAGGACGUAUCAUAGCUGGAGUAUUGGCUGAUCGCUUUGGUUGUGUGAAUACCAACAUACUCUAUGCUCUCAUGUCAUGCCUCUCUACGUUCCUUAUUUGGACUUUUGCAUACGACUAUGGUAGUAUGAUGGCCUACGUUGUUGUUUUUGGCUUGUUUGGUGGAUCCUUUUUCGCCUUGUGCAGUCCAAUCACAGUCGUAGUAGUGGGCGUGGAAAAAUACCCAUACGCAUUUUCAUUACUCAUGGUCAGCAUCGUCCCUGGUCUCUUUGGCUCCCCCAUUGCCAGUGCCAUUGAAAGAGUAUCAAGCAUUGAACCAUUUCUCACAUACAAGAUUUUCACUGGUAUCAUGGCGUUUUUCUGUACCCUUCUCUUGGUCAUUUUACGAUUUCGCAUAUCUCCAAAAUUCCUUGCCAAAGUCUAA